AUGAUCGACACCCGUUGCAAGGAGCUCCAGCCUGGCUGGGGUCCCAAGGAGCACGACGGCGAACUCCAGAUGCUCUACGACGCGCUGAACGAUGACGAGAGCAUCGAGGCCCUCGUGGGCUGCGUCUGGGGACCGGAAAACGCGUUCCGUCCCAGCGCCAGCCGGUGGGACAGGAUGAUGCAGUACGACGGCAUAGCCGUGGUAACCGGAAGCCGGGUCGUUUUCCUCAAAAGGCGCGGCAUUAACAAGCUCACCAGCGAGAUGCCGCUUCAUGCCCUGAAAUCGGUCGACGUAGACGGCGAGGGCGAAGUGACCCUCACCGGACGGAGCUACAGCGGAUGGCAUGGCGCCGGCAACCCCGGGGCCUUCAGGAUGCGAGACGUUCAGGAUGGCAACGCCCGGAAUUUCGCCGACCGGGUGGGGGAACUCCAGGCCGCUCCGCCCCCACCGGCCACGCCCGCUUGGUCUGCAGCGUCAACCGGGGCGAGCACAACGCCGCCUCCGGCGAGCCGCUACGCCGGUAUGGGCAAGGAGGAGCGGGUCGAUGCCCAGUGGCGGGAACGCUCCACCAUGUGGGGGCGGAAUGACCCCAGCGUGCCGGAGCGUCUGAUAGCGGGGCUGCUCAACUUUUUCACCGGUGAGAACCUCACCACCUACCCAGGUGAACUCCGCAUCCUCAAAGAGGUCUUGGAAGACGGCGAGAACAUCGAGUACUGGAUGGGCGGCCGAUGGGGUGACGCCACGGAGUUCACCACCCUGAGAGACGUGGCGGGCCGGAUGGCCAUCGGCGCCGUUUUAACGCCACCACCGGGGUGGGAGGGAUGGGGCCUGGAAGUGGACUAUAACGAGGGGCUGACCUGCUCGGGAUUGAAGUUCUCCGGCAGCACGGACGAGGACUACGCCUACUACCUCGACCACAACGGCAAGAAGGAUAUAAGGAGCCGGGCCAGGCCGCUGUUCGAAUGCGUGCUCCGGCAGAUCCACGCCGCGGCCAACCCGGCCGGCGACUAA